AUGACGAAUUUAACACGAAAAUGCUUUUUAAUUUUUUCAUUAUUGAUGUGCUGCUGUUGUUGCUCUCUAUCCUGUUUGACCACUUCAUGGACUGUAUACGGGGCGUUAAUUGCAGUUUUGUUUGCUUGCAUGAGUGGCACGUGCAUGGACAUCCUGCUGAAGGCGCCGGCAAGGUCCCACACCCUGAAGACCCUGCUGCUGCAGUACUUCAUUACGCGCCUGCUCAUAUUGAGAGGAUCUUGGGUCUACAGAAGAUUUCUAAGGAAUUCUCUCCUAAUUGAUUGUGGUCAAGAAAAAUUCCUUUUAAAGUUCAUCGUUAAAAAAAAUAUGGAUACAGAAUUCGGACGAAAGCAUAAUUUUCAAGAAAUGAGAACGAAGGAAGAUUUUGCGAGGAAGGUGCCGUUGAGUACGUACGACGAUUACUGCUCAUACAUUCAUGAACUCUUGCACGGCCAUCCGAAUGUUGUCAAUCAGAAGAUAAUGACCCACGACCCUGUUGUCUACCUGGCCACAUCAUCAGGUACAACAGGCAAAAAUAAAAAUCUUCCACUCACCUCUUUCACGAAAAAAACUGCUUCAUUGAACAUUUCGCCUCAUCUGGUGUACAUGUCUUCAAAACUCGGAGGCUUCCAUCUAGGCAGAGUACUGGUUAUUUCGUACUGCGCUGAAAAAAUCCUGUGUAAGUCUGGUUUGUACAAGGGACCAGUCAGCUCGCACAUAGGAAAGUAUUUACCCUACCUGCUCGUUCCCCGGGAAGUUUACAACAUACAAAAUGAAGCUCUCGUUUUGCAUCUUAUCUCCGUAUUUGCCCUUUCUGAAAAAGAAAUAUGUCAAAUUGAAGCUUUGUUUUCUACUUUGGUCUAUAGCUUUUUCCGCCAUAUAGAUCACUAUUGGCCAAUGAUUUGCAGAAUUAUUGAAUCAGGUAAACUAGAAUUUGAUGAGGAAAUUUUGAAUAAAAAUUCUAACAAUUUAGAUUUGUCGAUUCAAGCCAAAACAUCUACAAAACGUUAUAAAAAUAUUCAACAGCUAGCUACGGAAUCUGUUUUAAAUUCAAAUCAAGUAGAUGUAAAUUUAUUGAAAUAUCUAGAAUCCCGUCUAACUCCCAAUCCUGCCAGAGCCAACGAGUUGAGAAAAAUAUUUGAAAAUGGUUUUGAGAACUUAGCUCGCCAAAUAUGGCCCUCGAUAAAAUUUGUGCGCAUGAUAAACACUGGUGGAUUUGCCACGUACGCUGCCUCCUUGAAGAAGGUGCAUAUGAAGGAUGUGAAGCAGCUCUCCUUGCUACACGCCGCAAGCGAAGGAUUUUUCGGUCUGAACGCGGCAGAGAACGACGAUUGGCAGGAUCGUGUCUGCUACACCUUCCAACCAGAGUAUGGAUUUUUCGAGUUCAUUCGGGAAGCUGAUGUUAAUAUUAACCCCCAGGACCAAACAACAAUUUUCAUUGAAGAAUUGAAGGUAGGGGAGAAAUACGAGAUAGUUUACACGUCGCAGAACGGACUGUAUCGAUACAAGACGGGCGAUGUUGUGAAGAUCACAGGAUUCAUCAACCACUGUCCCAGCUACACAUUUGAGUACAGAACCGGCCAAGUACUGAACUUAUUUUGGGAGAAAACUCCGGAGUAUGUGUUGAACAAGGCGGUUGAGGUCUGCAUGGAACGGAUGACCGAUGUCCAACUUGUCGAUUUUGUGGCCACUGAAGAUUUGCACAUGCCUGACUUCUACAGAAAAAAAUAUUUGAAAAAGCACUACGUCUUGCUGUUAGAAGUUUACGAUGCCAAUAAAGGUGAUGUGGUCCUGGAUGAAGAUCAACUCAAAAUGUUCGAUAGGGAGCUGAUGAACCUCUUCGAGUUGUACGCCACGCUCCGGAAGAAUGGAAGCAUCGGUGAAAUGAAGGCCAUCCAGGUGGAGAAGAACUCGCUGGCAGUUCUGCGGAGAGCAACUCUCGUCAACCCGCAGCGCAAGUUGCCCAGAGUUCUGCGCGAUGCCAAGCAGAUCAGCGACCUCCUACAAUGUGCCUUGAACGCCAGCUACAUCAUAAAUGAUACCCAAUAAAUAUUCAACAACGUUCUGUGAAAUAAAACUAUAUGCUUAAUUCCUUAUAUUUACGAAAAACUUAUUCCUUUGUUCAUGUUUUUAUAUCUUUCAAUGAAUAUUCAUAUUUAAUGCUUCAUAUUAACUUUUAAUCUACUUAAUCAUUAACACGAUGCAUGCUUAUAUAAGCUCAUACAUAUCAAUGUAUUCAUAUAUUAUAUAUUAGAGUGUAUGUGCCUUGCGUACGUAACUUAUAUGCAACAUUAUUACUUCAUUUUAUUGAUUAUAAAAACUCAUUUUAUAACACUACGUAUUUUUGUUUGAAUUUUUUAAUCUUUUGUUUAUUUUGUUUGUUUAUAUUUAUAUAUCUAGAUCUAAAAAAAAACUUUGGCUACCAGAGCCAACGUUCUCAGCAUGUAAAUUUUUUGGUUCUCCGGCUUACUUUGAUGUCCACGGUGUUCGCACUGAUAUGUUCACAUUAUCUUCAAAUUUUGCGUUCAAAUUUGCUUUCACAUUUUCUUGUUU